AACUGCCAUCUGCAGUGUCAGAAAACCCAGCCCGAAGAAACGCCUUCUUCCUCGGCGCCUGGUUUUUGAAACCCUUGGAAAAGUUGAACCAGACAGGUGUGGUAGCUUGUGUGGCUAGAGACAACGUAGUCCACUUAUUAUCACGAAUUACAAUAGAAGUUGCCUUUGAUAGCAGCUGGAAACAUCAGCCGUGGGACACUGUUCUAGGAAGGACCAAAGGCCAAAAUCUUUGAAGUCCCCUGCUGGGUUUCUGUCACGUGACCGGUCCCCCCAUGUCAUUUUGGCACCUUGCUUUAUCAGGACAUGGAAUCGACAGUGUUGAACCUGUACAACCAGUUCCAGAAUCUGCGUGCACACUCCGAUAUUCUCAAUGAGGGCAUCGAACCACAGUUCAUACAGAUGGCUCUGAACUUUGAGGACUGCAGGCGGAAGUGGCUGCAGCGGGAGGAGGAACUGGGAGCCUGCAAGGAGGUGCUGACCAAAACAGAGAUGGAGAGGGGGGCUCUGGAGGUCAAGCUGAAGCACGCCCGCAACCAGGUGGAUGUGGAGAUCAGACGGCGCCAGCGGGCAGAGGCAGACUACGAGAAACUGGAGCGUCAAAUCCAGCUAAUCCGGGAUAUGCUGGUGGCGGAGAGCUCCAGCAGCAGCCUCCACCUGAGUGAGGAGCAGCGCUCUGCUCUGGCCUUCCUCAACGCCCACUCCCAGGCCGCGCUGGCUGCCAAGAACAACCUCAACACCAGCCACAGGUUAACCACCAUAGAUGAAUCUGCUUCCCUGUUGUCAGACAUUAGCUAUGACAAAACUGAUGAUUCUCUGGAUUGUGACUCUUCUGUGAUGAGGACAGUGCGACUGAGAAAACUCCAGAAAAGGCGUUCCUCCAGAAUCCUUGCUGAGCCUCCCCAGCAGGUGGUGAAGAAACCCCGCUCCACUGGCCGCACUUCAGAGAGGGUGAACGAGUCCAUAGUGACCAAGACCACCAUCACAGUGCCCGUCAACGGAGGUCCGGUAGAGGCUGUGUCCACCAUCGAGACAGUGCCUGGCUUCUGGACCGGCAGCAGGAGGAGGACCGCUGCUCAGGGCUGGGACUCUACUUCUAUUGACCAAUCAGAGACAGCUAGCGAGGCUCUCAACACCCCAUGCAGUGAGGCUCCGCCCCCAACCAAAACAUCCAGAGUCAAAAUGGGGGCCCGAAAGCACGAGUUCCUUGCCAAAACAGUGAUCAGGUCAGAGUUCUGCGUGCCGUGUGGAAGGAAGACCAAGUUCGGGAAGCUCUACCUGAGGUGCCAGGACUGCAGGCUGGUGGCUCACCCAGAGUGCCGCGACCGCUGCCCCCUGCCAUGUAACCCUAUCUCUACAGACACCACCCCCAUCAGGACCAGAGAGCCAAGCACCCUUGCAGACUACGCUCCCUCCUCCUCUCCCAUGAUCCCUGCCCUGGUGGUCCACUGUGUCAAGGAGAUCGAGCACAGGGGUUUACAUGAGACGGGUCUGUACCGCGUGUCAGGCGAGGGGCGCACAGUGAAGGAGCUGAAGGAGAGAUUCCUGCGGGGGAGGACGGUGCCUUCCUUGGCCAAGGUGGAGGACAUCCACUGUGUCACAGGCCUCCUCAAGGACUUCCUGAGAAACCUCCCGGAGCCCCUCCUCACCUUCCGCCUCAACCGCGACUUCAUGGAGGCUGCAGAAAUCCAGGAAGAUGGCAGUAGCCUGGCGAUGAUCUACCAGACCAUCAGUGAGCUGCCCCAACCCAACAGAGACACUCUGGCCUAUCUGGCCAUCCACCUGCAGAGGGUGGCCCAGUGUGUACUAGACACCAAGAUGGAUAUCACCAAUCUGGCCAGAGUUUUUGGACCCACCCUGGUGGGCCAUGCCGUCCCAGACCCAGACCCCAUGACCAUCCUGCACGACACCAAUAGACAACCACGGGUGAUGGAGCGCUUGUUGGACCUUCCUUACGAGUACUGGAGACCGUUCACAGUGGAGCAGCACACCCAUCCAGACAAUGCUAACUGCUACAACACUCCAGACCACAAAGUGAGCAUGCUGGGGCCAGUGACCACUCCAGAACACCAGAUGACUAAAACGCCCUCCUCCAGCUCCCUGUCCCAGCGCAUGAAACAGACAUUCUCUAGCACCACCAUAUUUGGAAGCAAGAGCAAGGCAUCCACUAGCUCAAGUCGCCAAGGAGGCUUCUUUGCCUCCCCUCAGCUGAAGUAGUGGUCAAACCACGGUAUUAUGGGAAAAAAUAACAUUAUUUGAAACUCUUUUUUAAAAAAAAGUACCAAUAAUGCAGUUAUGUGGUCAAGGAACAACUGUUAAUUUUUACGUAGCCACUGUACAUGGGAAACCUCUGCAAUGUCACAAUGUUUUAUACCAUUUUAUAUCAAUCUUAUUUUAAUAUAUUUUCUGUGCAAUAUUUUGCUUUAAACACCGUCAUUCUUGUAAACAUAUCUACUACUGUAAUAUGGCAAACUACUGCAGUAUAUUUUAUACAAUUUUAUAUCAAACUUAUUUUAAACUAUUUUCUAACGAACUAUGCAAUAUUUGAUUUAGCUUUAAACACUAAUGCCUUGAAAUAGCUUUAUUUAACGUUAAACUAAAACCACUAUUACACAAAAAAACACUUAAUCCUUUUUAUGUUGAUAUUUUAGGCUAUGAGAUUUGAAUCUCUAUAUUUAAUGGGAUAUCUUGGUAUUUACGAUGAUUAAUCAGUAUGGUCUGAUCUGUAAAAUCAUGGAAGAAAGAGUAACUGUUAGCCAGUGUGAAGUUGCUGCUAAAUCAAACCAAGGACCUUUGAUGACCAUUCUGUGUAAUGAUCUGACAUAGGCUCAAAUACUUUUUUCAAAUCUUUAAGUACUGUUAUCAUUUACUUUAGCCUGCCUGGAGUGCCAAAUGGACAGGAUUUGCAGUUUUGCCACUAUUCUAUUAGUUCCAUUGUGCCAGGCAAACUCAAUCAAGCCUAGCUAAAGUAUUUGAACCCAGGUCUGGUAUUGACCACUAUACAUUACAGUACAUAAAGUGUUGUGUAACGCCUAAGUUGAUUAGGUGUAUAAAUGAUGCAUUGGUAGUGAUACUGUUUUAUACUGUGAUUGUAAUCACAGAGUUGGUGGUACACUAGCGUUGGAUUGGAACAGAAGGAAAAAAAAAAAAUGUACAGGCUUGUCCUGUAACCGUUAAUGUGAUCUGUAUUUUGGAAUGCAAUGAUUGUAUGUUUUUCUUUAUUGAUGGUUUUAAGUAGUUUUUUGCGGUAACAUGAUCAUGCUAAACUUACUAGAUAACACAUAAGAGGGGAUUAUGUAAAGAUGACAAAGAACAUGAGAAUGGCCCUCAGGAUGUUUCUGUAAGAAUCUGAAAAACGGUUAUAAUUGUCCUGUUAUUGAUACAAAAUUCUCACAAACAAUUGUAAAACUUGAUGUGAAGGACAUGUGAAAAGAGUUGGUCUCUAUACAAUAACAUUGAAGUGAUUUCCCUUUCAGGUGUGUCAGUCACAGAAUACACCUUUUAUUUGUCAUUACCUGAGUAGUUUCAAGUUUUGUUAUUUUUUCCGCAAGGGGGUGUAAUUGCACCAUUUGACACACCAUCAAAAUGCACUGUUUAUACUAUCUUUCCCCCUCUAAGAAAUGCAAUUGUUGAUCAUGUGAAUAUAACGUUUUUACCAACAUAUUUUUUUUUUUGGGUAUGCUCACAGAUUCUUGGUCACGAGGACAGAAUUAAAGGGAUAUUUCAAUCAAAUCAGUUUCUCCAAUGUUUUCGGAUCUAAAAAAUUGUCUGAAGUUUACUUCGUCUCAUUCUACCGGUUGUAUAGAUUCAGGCUAU